AUGAUCCGCCACUCGCACGUCUCGAAUUUUAAACCAAACACCAACAUCAGUUUCACAUUCACAUUUAUUACCCUCACCCUCGCACCUCCUGUCGCGCUAUUCAUAUCUAUCUAUCUAUCUAUCUAUCUAUCUAUCUAUCUAUCUAUCUAUCUAUCUAUUUCAGUUUGUACAGAUGUAAGUUCGUACAGAUCUAUCUAUCUAUCUAUCUAUCUAUCUAUCUCAAUCUGUUCAUAUCUAUCUAUCUAUCUAUCUAUCUAUCUAUCUAUCUCAGUUUGUACAGAUGUAAGUUUGUACCUAUCUAUCUAUCUAUCUAUCUAUCUAUCUAUCUAUCUAUCUCAGUUUGUACAGAUCUAUCUAUCUAUCUAUCUAUCUAUCUAUCUAUCUAUCUAUCUAUCUAUCUAUCUCAGUUUGUACAGAUGUAUGUUUGUACUGAUCUAUCUAUCUUCUCCCUUUUAUUCUUUAACUUCCCGUUCCUAUCCUCCUCUGUUACCAAUCUUCCCACCUGUCUCUUCCCUUCACUCUCUUCCUUACCUGACCGACAUAAGCCUAACCAUAUUCUCUCAGGAUAACAUGUGUCUUUUCUUCUGGUGUCGAGGCGACUUCUCUUCUCUCGUGCAAAAGUUUACUUUUUCCUUUGGGUUAAACUUUGUUAAAGCUUCCUUUCGCAUAUUUAAAUUAAUAGCUGGCUGGCGCUUUUCCCGCCAACAGUCCAUUCGGUACAUUCACAUGAGUAGGAAAAAGAGAUUCUGCCCUAACGGACCUGACGGACUAAGACGAUCGACCCACGAAGGGCCACGGAUACUCAAUAGCCGUUGGAACAUCAGCUGGUUCUGCAAGGGAGGGUGCGAAUUAGUGCUUUCUUCUUUUUCUUUUUUCUUCUUCUUCUUGAGAUUCUUCUAUAAUAUUUCGUUUCUUUUUUCCUUUUCAUCUAACGAUUUUUCUUCAAUCCUUUUCAUUCUCAGUUUUCUCCUUUAUUCCACUUCUUUCUCUAUUGUUUUUUGUACAUUUUCUCUUUUUAAAAAAAAAUUCUUUUCUUUCUUUUCACACAUAACACUACCCGUUUUCUUUCUUUUUUACACCGUUCUUUCUUUCUUGAUUAUAUCUGUCCUUCUUUCUGUAAUCUUUCUUGUUUCUCCUCUUUUUCUUUUCUUUUCUUUCAGGCACUGCCUUUCGUGA